AUGUUUUUCCCUCUCUGCCUUUCCGUCUGCGUCCGUGUUUCCCUUUCAGCCAUUCUCCUUGCGUUAUUGUUUCCCUUUCUGCAAUUCUCUCUGCGUCUCUAUUUCCUUCUCUGCCACUCAUUCUGCGCCUGUAUUUCUUUUUCUGCCAUUCUCUCUGCGCCUGUGUUUCUUUUCUGCCACUCAUUCUGCGCCUGUGUUUCUUUUUCUGCCAUUCUCUCUCCUGUGUUUCUGAUUUUGCCAUUCUCUCUGCGCCUGUGUUUCUUUUCUGCCAUCAUUCUGCGCCUGUUUCUUUUCUGCCAUUCUCUCUGCGCCUGUGUUUUUCUUUUUCUGCCAUUCUCUCUGCGCCUGUGUUUUUUUUCUGCCAUUCUCUCUGCGCCUGUGUUUCUUUUUCUGCCACUCAUUCUGCGCCUGUGUUUUUUUCUGCGCCUAUGUUUCUUUUCUGCCAUUCUCUCUCUGCGCCUGUGUUUCUUUUUCUGCCACUCAUUCUGCGCCUGUGUUUCUUUUUCUGCCAUUCUCUCUGCCCUGUGUUUCUUUUCUGCCAUUCUCUGCGCGUCUGUGUUUCUUUUUCUGCCACUGUUCUCUGCGCCUGUGUUUCUUUUCUGCCAUUCUCUCUGCGCCUUUCUGUUUCUUUUCCCAUUCUCUCUGCGCCUGUGUUUCUUUUCUGCCAUUCUCUCUGCGCCUGUGUUUCUUUUUCUGCCAUUCUUCUGCGCCUGUGUUUCUUUUUCUGCCAUUCUCUCUGCGCCUGUGUUUCUUUUCUGCCAUUCUCUCUGCGCCUGUGUUUCUUUUCUGCCAUUCUCUCUGCGCCUGUGUUUCUUUUCUGCCACUCAUUCUGCGCCUGUGUUUCUUUUUUCUGCCAUUCUCUCUGCGCCUGUGUUUCUUUUUCUGCCAUUCUCUCUGCGCCUGUUUUCUUUUUCCCUCUCUGCGCCUGUGUUUCUUUUUCUGCCAUUCUCUCUGCGCCUGUGUUUCUUUUCUGCCAUUCAUUCUCUGCGCCUGUGUUUCUUUUUCUGCCAUUCUCUCUGCGCCUGUGUUUCUUUUUUCUGCCAUUCUCUCUGCGCCUGUGUUUCUUUUCUGCCAUUCUCUCUGCGCCUGUGUUUCUUUUUUCUGCCACUUUCUGCGCCUGUGUUUCUUUUUCUGCCAUUCUCUCUGCGCCUGUGUUUCUUUUCUGCCAUUCUCUCUGCGCCUGUGUUUCUUUUUUCUGCCAUUCUCUCUGCCCUGUGUUUUCUUUUCUGCCAUUCUCUGCGCCUGUGUUUUCUUUUUGCCAUUCUCUCUGCCUUUUUCUUUUCUGCCAUUCUCUCUGCUGCCUGUGUUUCUUUUUUCUGCCAUUCAUUCUGCGCCUGUUUCUUUUUCUGCCAUUCUCUCUGCGCCUGUGUUUCUUUUUCUGCCACUCAUUCUGCGCCUGUGUUUCUUUUUCUGCCAUUCUCUCUGCGCCUGUGUUUCUUUUUCUGCCAUUCUCUCUGCGCCUGUGUUUCUUUUUCUGCCAUUCUCUCUGCGCCUGUGUUUCUUUUUCUGCCACUCAUUCUGCGCCUGUGUUUCUUUUCUGCCAUUCUCUCUGUGUUUCUUUUCUGCCAUUUCUCUCUGCGCCUGUGUUUCUUUUCUGCCAUCAUUCUGCGCCUCUUUUUCUGCCAUUCUCUCUGGAUUCUCUCUGCGCCUGUGUUUCUUUUUUCUGCCACUCAUUCUGCGCCUGUGUUUCUUUUCUGCCAUUCUCUGCGCCUUGUUUCUUUUUUCUGCCAUUCUCUGCGCCUGUGUUUCUUUUUUUUCUGCCAUUCUCUCUGCGCCUGUGUUUCUUUUUCUGCCACUCAUUCUGCGCCUGUGUUUCUUUUUCUGCCAUUCUCUCUGCGCCUGUGUUUUUUCUGCCAUUCUCUCUGCGCCUGUGUUUUUCUUUUUCUGCCAUUCUCUCUGCGCCUGUGUUUCUUUUUUGCCAUUCUCUCGCCGCCCUCUCUGCGCCUAUGUUUCUUUUCUGCCAUUCUCUCUGCGCCUGUGUUUCUUUUCUGCCAUUCUUCUUUCUUUUUCGCCAUUCUUUUCUUUUUCUUUUUCUCAUUCUCUGCGCCUGUGUUUCUUUUCUGCCAUCUCUCUGCGCCUGUGUUUCUUUUUUCUGCCAUUCUCUGCGCCUAUGUUUCUUUUUCUGCCAUUCUCUCUGCGCCUGUGUUUCUUUUCUGCCACUCAUUCUGCGCCUGUGUUUCUUUUCUUUUCUCUGCCAUGUUUCUUUUUGCCAUUCUCUCUGCGCCUGUGUAUCUUUUUCACCCUCAUUCUGCGCCUGUGUUUCUUUUUCUGCCAUUCUCUCUGCGCCUAUGUUUCUUUUCUGCCAUUCUCUCUGCGCCUAUGUUUCUUUUUCUGCCAUUCUCUCUGCGCCUGUGUUUCUUUUUCUGCCAUUCUGCGCCUGUGUUUUUUCUGCCAUUCUCUCUGCGCCUAUGUUUCUUUUUCUGCCAUUCUCUGCGCCUGUGUUUCUUUUUUUCUGCCAAUUCUCUCUGCGCCUGUGUUUCUUUUUCUGCCACUCAUUCUGCGCCUGUGUUUCUUUUUCUGCCAUUCUCUCUGCGCCUAUGUUUCUUUUUCUGCCAUUCUCUCUGCGCCUGUGUUUCUUUUUCUGCCACUCAUUCUGCGCCUGUGUUUCUUUUUCUGCCAUUCUCUCUGCGCCUAUGUUUCUUUUUCUGCCAUUCUCUCUGCGCCUAUGUUUCUUUUUCUGCCAUUCUCUCUGCGUCUUUUCUCUCUACGCCAUUUCAUGACGUCAUUUCAUUGAAUCCUUGCGGGCCACUAAAAAGUUGA